AUGCCACUAGCGCCGGACGCCAUCGCCUACUAUGCUCUUCACAUAAUCGCAAUUCCCCUAUCUUUAUUCACCUUUAUCAUAUACCGCCGCAACACCAACUAUUCAAUUAUCGCCUACUAUUCUCUCACCACCAUCGUAUUCGCAUUAAUCACAAGUCCCAUUGCAUUCAUUUCCGAUGGAAAGGGUGCAAAUGCCGAGUUAUGUACCUUCCAGGGUAUGAUGGUGUCUUACUGCCUGGUAGCCAUUGGGACAUGGAUAUCAUCUAUAAUGUUCACAAUGUGGUGGUUAAUAUUCAAGGGAGAAGAGAUUGAAACGCCGACUUGGUUUUGGCUGGGAAUUUGGCUCAUACCAAUAUUGGGAACUACUGUCGCUAGCGUUGUAGCUGCUCGCAGCGGAGGCAUUGAAUCGUGGAAUUAUUUUUGCAUGAUUUCUGAACCCCUUGUUGCUACUAGCCUCGGAGUAUUCCUCGCAAUAUCACUUUCUGGUCUCGGUGCAUCUGUACUAUCAGGGACACGCAUGAUCCAAAUCAUAAGCUCGGGUGACUUGCCCACUUACUCAGCUUACCCCGACUUUCUCACAUGUCUCUUUCCUUAUAUCAGCUUUUUUACCUUUGGCACCACAGCUGAAGCACGAAGAUACUGGACUCCCCGAUGGUUAUCAAAUCCAUGUGUCGAUCGAGCAAAUAAUGUCUUGGACCAAUUCUCGAUCGUAUAUCCACCCAAAAAGCCUUCCGUCUUGAGCGAACGUGGAAGGAAUGAAAAGAAUAGUAGAAACGAGGAAUUGAGUAGUAUAUACACGGAAAACUAUACAGGAGAACCAUCGCACAUGAUGGUUGAACAACGAAAUUCCCAACACUCGGGAUUUCUGCAAGUAGCUCCUUUGACACAUGAUCCGUCUAGCAAUAGACAAUCCCAUGUCAUAUCCGUAAAGGGCAAGAAGCGUGCAUCAGAUGCAUUUCGCGCAAGCGUACAUCAGUUCUUGCGAGCGAGUAUCACUAGUGUUAACCAACUCGGGUCGCGUAUUAGUCCCCAAAUCAUACCCUACCAACAACAAGAAGAUGAUCCCACAACAAAAUCAGACAUUAACCAAAACGUAAAUAUUACAAUAGAUGAUCCCGAACGUUUGUCCUUUGGUAACUGGCAGGCAGGUGGCGCUCCGUUGCGAACAAGCCGGAACCGAGACAGUUUCCCUGUGUAUCCCUCUGCACAACAUAAUUAUCCAAUGGCUAGAACAGACGAGACUGAACGAAAGGAACGAAAGAGUCGAAAUCGUAAUAGAAUUUUCUCGACACCAAUGAUUUCAUCGUCUGCACGUAUUACAUCCUCUUCUCGAACUGCAUCUUUUUCGUACCCUCCCAAAAAGACCAGUCGACGCGAUUCUAUUUCAGACGAUUUGCGCUUUCUGAAAGCUUUCUCUUUCGAGCUCCGAAAGGGUAAGAGAAUACUAGAUUUUCCAGAAGAGUAUAUUAUAAAGUCAGACACGCAAAGCAUUGCAUCCUUGUCUUUGCGCGAAAUCGAGAAGGAUGACAACCUCCAAUCGUCAUCGUCAUCGUCACUACCAUCGCCGACUUACAACGAACGUGGCCAAAAAGUGUUUGACAAGAGAUGUUUGCGCAUCACUAAUCAACUCGACGUUGAGCUCGAGGUCACUGCACCUUCAGACGAAAUUCCUUAUCUUUCUGUUCCUCGGCCACCCCAAUUAAUAAUACCGCCGCCGCCAUCACCGAGUAAACUAAAGCCAGCACAUCUUUCUCAACCGAUAAGCUUCUCGUUCUUGAACAAUUCUCCUUUCGAGUCCUCUUCUGACGUUCAGGACUAUCCUACUCGAGACUACUAUACGCAAGCUGAGGAUUCGCGGAGAUACACGCGAGCUACUACAGCUUCAUCAGCGAGCACGCGGAGUAGAGAUUCUUUUGAACGGACGUCACCGAAUGGGCUCAGGUUGACACCAAGAGCUAGUAUGCCAGUGUACACCUUGAAUUUGCCGCCAUUGCCUAAUAGUCAGCGUAACUCUUGGGAAAAUGGCAGGAAGCGCGAGUCUCUUGGGAGUAUUCCAAGCGGUGUACCGUAA